AUGCAAACUUUGAUAGAAAUACCCAUAGCUACUGAUGGCAAGUCAUUGCAAAUUCUAUUCAAGCCUAUCAACUUAAGAGCAUAAAACAACCUUUAGCCCCUCUACGAUUAAUCAACUGGAAAAUAGAUUAGCUAAAUCACGUCUCAAGAAAAUCAAAGUAGAGGUGACUCCAUUAACAGUAAAAAGUUGAAUAGAAAUAAAAGAUUCAAACUCCAUUCAGUUUAAUAUUCCCCUAGAUAGCUUCCAUCCAUAGAAGAUUCUAAAAUUUUUGGGCCAGUUGAUUUUGAUAGGUUAAUUGAGAGUUCAGGGGCAAGUGUUUUAACUAGUCCCAAGGAAGGUUAAGGCUUUAAUACUUUGAAGUCUCUUAUUAAAACAUAAUAAGGAUUUCUUCCUGUUAAUGAAAGGCGAUUUGCAACAUUCAUUAAUCGAAGAAACUCAAUGAGCAAUGCUACAAAAAUGGGGCAAUCAACCAAAGUCUCCUCCAAUUUGAAAGCAAGUAUAUAAAUGAAUGAUAGUUUUAUGAGCACCAACCCUAAUCUACUGAGUGGAUCAAACAUGAACUCCAAUUAUCACUCACAUGUUCGAUAGCAAGAAGUAAUCAACAUUCCAAUGGUUCAUCUUUCAACUGCUCAAUCUAAUUAUCAAUCGCUCAAUGAUGAUUAAGCAAUGAACUUUUCAAAAAGACAUGGAAAUGAAGUUAUGAAUGUUAGAGGAUAAGAAUCAAGGCUACAAUAAAGAUAAAUAAUAAAUCGAACUUAGAAUUCCUCAUCUAGAAGAUGUAGAUAUUAAAGAAAUAAAAAUUUGGCUGGACCAUUAAGUCCUCCACCAGAAUCGAUCAACAAUAGGUUCGAAUCAUUUACAUAGACAGAAGAGGACCCUCAUUAAACUGUGAUAUCACCAGAUAUAUAUCUUGCUAAGGAGAAUGUAAAGAUAGAGGACGAUCCAUUUCUAAUGAGUCAUUAGUAUGACGCCACUGAAUUAAAGCGCCUCAAAGAUGUAAGAUUUCAAGAGUAUGAGGAUGCUUAAAGUAUUAGACGAAGUAUCUAUACUCGUCGAUUAACAGUUGAUUCUUAGAUGGACAAGUAUAGUGCUUUUGAUGAGAAUGGCCAGAUGGUCAGAGAUGUCAAUGCAACAAAAGAGAAACGAUUGCUCUUGAAAAAAUCUAUUUUACUUCCAAGAGGUGAAUUCGACAAAGAUUGCAGAAGAAAUCAGUUUAUUCAGCAUAUGCCUGUUUUAGAAAGAGAGGGUCUAAUAGAUAACCCUGAUUAGAUUGUUUAAAUAAUGAGGAUGACAGCGAAACGUUCUAAGGAGUAGGAUGAGAAUGAACAUCAUCUAAAAGCCAAGAAAAAGACCAUAGUGUCAGAUAUGAACGAGGAGGAAAUUAUCUAGAAGCGGAUUGAAUAGCGCCAAAAGUUCUAGAAUGCUAACAGUUUGACUAGUAAAGCAAACAAGGAAUGCUGCUAGAUACCGAUUAUAGAUAACUCAUUUUAGAUCACUACUUAAUUGUCCCCUAAAUAUCUACAAACCACAUUAAUAGAUAAGAUUAAACAGAGGUAAGGAACUCAGAGAAUCUCUUCAUCUUGGAAUCGAAGAAAUUAGAUCCAAAGACCAGAGAGUGUAGAUUCUGAAAAGAUCAAAAGCCUUAUGAACAAUGAUAAAGAAGUAAACAAGGAACACAUAAUGAAGCUAUGUCGUUAAGAAGUAAGUUAGCUUUUGAAGACAAAGCUAAAGUACAGAGACUUGGAUGUUCGAAAGAGAGUUCAGGAGCAGUACUUCGAUAAGCUUAGAAUGAUUAUGACUAUUUUCCCCUAAAACUAGAAGAAGUGA